AUGGCUUCCUAUCCCGCCCAAUCCUGCUGUUACCAGGGUGUCAAACAUGUCGGGCAGCCGACCGGGUCCUUGUCAAUGUUGCAUGACUUUGAAGUCUACACCAGCCUUCCUCCAGCCGAUCCAAAGGUAUACGGUCUUGUAAUACUGACCGAUAUCAUCGGCCACAGACUUGUCAACGCGCAACUCAUCGCAGACCAAUUUGCAAUGAGCGGCUACGUUGUCCUAAUGCCUGACCUUUUCUUCGGUGAUGCCGUACCACUAGACAAGCCAGGUGCUUUCGACAUGAACAAAUGGCGGACGGGUGGGUAUCACCCACAAGGCGUAAACCACCUACCUGAAACCGUUGACCCCGUGGUUGAGGCUUGUCUGUACGAGCUGCGGACGACAUACGGCUGCAAGAAAAUCGGCGCAAUCGGAUACUGCUUUGGUGGCAAGUAUGUCGUACGACACCUGCAAUCUGGCAAAGCAGAUGUUGGCUAUACCGCUCACCCGUCGCAUGUUGAUGCAAGUGAGUUGAAAGCUAUCGAGGGUCCAUUGGCGAUUGCGGCUGCGGAGACAGACAAAAUUUUCCCGGCUGCAAAGCGGCAUGAAACAGAAGCAAUUCUGAAGGAGACAAAUUUGCCUUACCAGAUCAAUUUGUACAGCGGCGUGAAUCAUGGGUUUGCGGUUCGGGGUGAUCCUGCGAUCCCUGAUGUGGGAUUUGCAAAGCGAAGUGCUUUCAUACAAGCCGUUGAGUGGUUCAACGAGCAUUUGCGUGUUUGA